CUCAUUUCCAAACCAGAGUUUUCUCAUCAAGGCAGCCAUGUUUAUCACUCUCCUCUUACUUUGGUCUCUACUUUUGUUCCUUCUCUACUUCUUGAAAACCAUCCGAAAAUCUCAUACAAAAUUACCCAAAUCACCUUUGAUCAAUUCUCAUGGCCCUCCUUCCUAUCCCAUAAUUGGUUGCCUAAUCUCAUUCUACAAGAACCAGCACAACCUUCUUGAUUGGUACACCAGUCUUCUCUCAAACUCGCCGUCACAAACCAUAGUCGUGCGCCGAAUAGGUGCACGCCGUACAAUUGUGACAGCGAAUCCAUCCAACGUGGAGCACGUUCUCAAAACAAACUUCACAAACUUCCCUAAAGGCAAACCGCUAACUGAAUUCCUCGGCGAUCUUCUUGGCUGCGGCAUAUUCAACGUCGACGGCGAUUUGUGGUCCACUCAGCGCAAGCUCGCGAGCCACGAGUUCAGCACAAAGUCACUGAGAGAGUUUGUGGUGAAGACUCUUGAAGAAGAAGUGGAGCACCGACUUAUCCCACUGCUCGAGGAAGCUGCAGAGAGCAAAAGUGUGUUGGAUUUACAGGAGAUAUUGAGGAGGUUUGCCUUUGACACUGUGUGCAAGGUGUCUCUGGGAUCCGACCCAUUUUGCUUGGACUUGACCCGACCCGUGCCCCCUCUUGUGGAAGCUUUUGACUGUGCUUCCGGGAUAAGUGCCAGGCGUGCCACGGCGCCUUUGUAUUUGAUGUGGAAGGUGAAGCGUGCUUUGAACAUUGGGUCUGAAAAAAAGCUCAAGGAAGCUGUUAAACUCGUUCAUGGCUCUGUUCAUGAAAUCAUCCAAAACAAAAAGAAGAUUCUUGAAAAAGAUGAAGGAUGUGAAAGCCAUGACAUGUUGUCACGCUUGUUAUUAGCAGGGCAUGGCGAGGAAGUGGUAAGAGACAUGGUGAUAAGCUUCAUACUAGCUGGACGAGACACCACAUCAGCAGCCAUGACGUGGCUCUUUUGGUUGCUCAGCAAGCAUCCAAGCAUAAACCACCAGAUUGUGAAUGAAGUUGAAAACGUACUAGGACAAAACACUAGUACUGAAAAAUUAGGUUUCGAGGAUUUACAAAAAAUGAGGUUUUUGAGGGCUUGUUUGUGUGAGUCUAUGAGGCUCUACCCACCAGUCCCAUGGGACUCAAAGCAUGCUGAGGUGGACACUGUUUUGCCAGAUGGUACCUGGGUUGGGAAGGGGGAUAGAGUCACUUAUUUUCCAUAUGGGAUGGGGAGGAUGGAGGAGUUGUGGGGCAAAGACUGGUUCGAGUUUAACCCGGACCGGUGGUUUGAUAUAGAACACGGUUGUGAUGAUGGUGGGGUUUUGAAAUCCAUCAGUCCAUACAAGUUUCCGGUUUUUCAGGCCGGUCCAAGGGUAUGUCUUGGCAAGGAAAUGGCUUUUAUUCAGAUGAAGUAUGUGAUGGCGUCGGUACUGAGGCGGUUUGAGAUCAAACCGGUUUAUGAGAAAGAACAGCCGAUUUUUGUUCCUCUAUUGACGGCUCACAUGGCUGGUGGGUUGAAGGUCUUGGUUCGAAAAAUAAAUUAGAAUGGCAAUACAAAAAUUUCUAUGUAAACUCAUUUAGUCAAUCAAUAUUUGUGCACAUUUGUACUU